AUGUCUCUUGAGGAUAUGGUUAAGUCCUUGACUUCUAGUACAAUACAAUUUCAACAAGAGACAAAGACCUCAAUUAAGAAUUUAGAGACACAAGUUUGCAAAGUCCAAAAGGAAAUUUUGGAAACUUUUCGCAAGAUUCAAGUGAACAUAGCACUUUUGGAUGCAAUUUAUCAAGUGCCUCGUUAUGCAAAGUUCCUCAAGGAUUUGUGCACUAACAAGCAUAGAUUGAAAGGUAAUGAAGUGGAAAGUGUAGGGAAAAAUGUCUCAACAGUCUUGCAAAAGAAACUUUCACCAAAAUGUAAAGACCCUGGAAGUUUUAGCAUCCCUUGCAUAAUUGGUAACACUAGAUUUGAAAAGGCCAUGCUAGAUUUAAGAGCAUCUAUUAAUCUCAUGCUAUAUUCUAUUUAUGCUUCCUUAAAUCUAGGAUCACUUAAAGAAACCGAUAUUAUUAUUCAAGUUGCUGAUAGAUCUAAUGCAUUUCCAAAGGGUGUGUUGGAUGAUGUUUUGGUGCAGGUAAAUCAAUUGAUUUUUCUGGCAGAUUUCUACGUUCUUGAUAUGCAAGAUAAACCAAUAUCUUUGUCGCCACCGUUGCUCUUGGGAAGACCAUUUAUGAUAGCUGCGUGUACGAAGAUAGAUGUGCAUGAUAGUACAUUAACAAUGGAGUUUGAUGGUGAGAUUAUUCGCUUCAACAUCUUUGAAGCAAUGAGGUAUCCUAGUGAUGAUCACGCUUGUUUUUCAAUUGAUAUAAUAGAUUCAUUAGUACACAAAGUUUUUGAAUUAUCAAACAAAUAUGCAUUGAAUACCACUUUGAUUAAAAGCAUUGAUGUUAGCAAUCUCAUCGGGUUGAGCAAGAAUUUACAAGUGUUCAAGGAUUUUAUUGAAACAGUGGCAUCACUUGAGUCACUACCAAGUAUUCCACCAAGGUAUGAUCUCUCCUGUAUUACUCUUCCGAUAUCUAAAGAGAAACUUUUACUUUCAGUGAUGCAGGCCCCCACUUUGAAACUCAAACCUCUUCCUGAUCAUUUGAAGUAUGUAUAUUUGGGAGAGGAGGAAACACUACCGGUGAUCAUUGCAAAGAAUCUCACAACACUUCAAGAAGAUAGGCUUAUCCGUGUGCUCAAGGAACAUAAAAUAGCUAUUGGUUGA